AUGCCAGUAACAGAGUCGAAAACUAAUUAUAAUAAUAAUGUGGAAAUAGUUCAGCCUAAGAGCAAGAUAUAUGAUUCUGUUUGUGUAAUUUUACAUGGUUAUGGUUCGCUACCCCAUGAAAUGACAUUCUGGAUAAUGAUUAUGGACGAAUUAUCCGUUAUGUUACCAAAUAUGAAAUUUCUUUUACCAUACGCAAUAUUUCAAAAUAAAAUUCAUAGCGAUAACAGUGGUAAAUUAGACGAUAAAAGUAAUGGUAAUCUCAACAAUGAUGAUUUUCCUCAAUCUGAGAAUGACCGUGAUCGUUAUUGGUUUGAGGCGAACAACAAAUAUCUAACUAAUCCAGAAAAAAUAUAUGAAUCUAGAGACUACAUAAAAUCGCUCAUAUGCAAUGAAAUAGUAAAUAAUAAAAUUGAUAGUUCACGUAUAGCAAUUGGAGGUUUUUCUCAAGGAGGAACAGUAGCGUUAUUCACAGGAUUAGCUUUCGAAUAUAAAUUAGGUUGUUUAUUUGCAUUGAGUCCACCUUUGCCUAGUGAUACAAGAACCUUUAAUAACACAAUUAAAAACAGUGUUAAUUUAAAAACACGUAUAUUUCUUGGUUAUGGAGACAAAGAAGACAAAGUGCAUAUUGAUGAAAUUGAGUUAAUGAUUGAAGAAGUAAUAAAGUUCAAUUCUAUCCCGCAUGUAUGUAAGAAGUAUGAUACUUUGGCUCAUGUUAUGUCAUACGAAGAAUUAUUUGAUGUAGCGAAUUUUAUUAAGAAAUGUAUCCCACAGUAA